AUGAACAAGAAGGAAUCAAACAUAUACAUGCAUGCGCUUUUGUACUUGUUGCUGGCGGGCUCGUACUACUGCCAGUUCAUCCUUGCCUUUCAAAAAUAUGCGGAACAGCUGCAGCAGCAGCAGCAGCAGCAGCUGCUGCUGCAGCAGCAGCAGGGACAGCAGCAGCAACAGCAGCAAGAGAAGGAAAAACAACAGGAUAUACACCAGGAGAAGCAACAGAUGCAGCAGCACGAACAGCAGCAGAACCAGCAGCACGAACAGCAGCAGCAGGGACAGCAGCAGCAGGGACAGCAGCAGCAGCAGCAGCAGCAGCAGCAGCAGCAGCAGCAGCAGCAGGGGCGUGUAUAUAUUCCUUUGCAGCAGCAGCAGGGACAGCAGCAGCAGAAAGAGAAGGAAAAACAACAGGAUAUACACCAGGACAAGCAACAGAUGCAGCAGCACGAACAGCAGCAGCACGAACAGCAGCAGCAGGGACAGCAGCAGCAGCAGCAGCAGCAGCAGCAGCAGCAGCAGCAGCAGCAGCAGCAGCAGCAGCAGCAGCAGGAGCAGCGUGUGUAUAUUCCUUUGGCCUCACACAUACACACCAAUACACCAUGA